UCUCUCUACUUUUAAGCUUCACCUCACUCUACUAUUUACCCAACCAAUUUUCUUCCUAAUUAGCCUUCCCCAUUUCCCUCAUUACAUCUCUCAAACAACCAAACUGUCAAACAAUAUGCCCAGAAAUACACUUGGAACAAACCUAAAUCUUUGUUUCACUAAACUCAAACGUCCAUUGCCCCCACAAUCUGCCAACCAUAAUAGUAAUGAGCAUCAUUCUAGUUUGCAUUUUUGCAAUUCCAUUACAAAUUUCAACUCCCUUUAUAACUUAUCAUUAGAUUGCAACUCCAAUAUUCCUACAUCUUCUUCAUCCACUAAUUAUUCCACCACUAUCUCAGAAGAAUCAGACUAUAUUUAUGAGUUAGCAACUACCCCUGAUUUAGCCACGGUUUACGCCUCGCAACGUUUCUUUUUUUCGUCCCCGGGGCAUUCCAACUCUAUCAUCGACUCCUCAUCAUCGUCUAUGUCUUCUUCUUUGACAUCCACCUUAUCUUCCGUAGAACCGCGGGAAUCGGAUGCACUCGUUGUAGACGGGAGCAUCGCCAUCCCCACGUAUUCCCCUGACCCGUAUUUGGAUUUCCGAAUAUCAAUGCAAGAAAUGGUGGAGGCACGUGGUUUAACUGACAUAAGAGGCAAUUGGGAUUUGUUACAUGAACUUCUCAUGUGUUAUCUUACAUUAAAUCCGAAGAGCACACACAAGUACAUAGUUGAUGCAUUUGCUGACCUUAUCGUCUGCCUCAUGACAUCAAAAUCAUCGCAACAUUUAGAUCCAUGUGCUGGCAGCACAAGGCCCAUUAAGGUGACAACGCUCCCAACAGAGUUUUCUCCAUAUCCAAAGUCGAAUCCUCGACCUCUGGUUAAGGAUGGAGUAGCAUCAUCCACUGCACCAUAACCAAUGUAUAAGUACUUUUACCAGCCAGACGAUCCUUUACAUGAAGUGUUGUGGAAAUGGGAGAGGCCUAGGUUGAGUAGCCGCUGGUAGGGUGGAGCCUUUACUAGCUUCUUUAUAGCAGACUCGCAGACGAAGACUCCCUAAAAGCCUGCCUACUUUUCAUUUUUGGGUAUCGCGAUGUUGAAGUGGUACCCCCCACAUGCAAAAUCAACAAUUAACGAAUAUUAGUUGUAAUAUUUAUUUAUAUUAUUUAUAAUUAAAUGUUCAUAUU